AUGCAUUCUAAAAUCAGAAGGUAUGAGCAGCUUUUGAAAAUCAUCGGAAUUGAUUGCAAGGAAUUUAUGGGUGAUAUCGAUGAGAAGAAAGAGCCUGUAAAGGAAGCAGAGCCUGAAAUCGCACAUUGGAUAAUUUGCUCCGAUGGGUAUUAUCCGUAUUGUUCAAACUGUCAACAGAAGAAAUACGGAAUUGGUUACGGAAAUUCCCUGAAUACAAAGAGGAAGGAGAUGAUAGCUAUGAGUACAAAGCCAAAGCCUUGCAUUAAGCAGCCGAGUAAUCCCGGUAUCGCAUGCACAAAUCGUAAUGCCUGUGAGAAAUGCGGAUGGAAUCCUGAAUUUAUUGAGAAGAUAAAAAAGGAAGAGCUGAAAAUCCUUGAAAAACAGGGCAUAAUUGAAGACCUUGAACUUCAGAAGAAAUAUGUAUUGAUUCCUGCACAAAAAGACGAGAAUGGCAAGGUAAUCGAGAGAGCAUGUAACUAUAUUGCUGACUUUGUUUACUAUGACAACGAGAAAAGAAAAGUUGUAGUUGAGGAUGUAAAAGGAUAUCGAGACACAUCAUCGGCAGGAUAUGCGAAGUUCGUAAUUAAAAGAAAACUGAUGCGAUAUCUUUUUAAUAUUACUGUCGAAGAAGUAUAA